CAUAGAAACGCGUUGUUUGUCUUCUAUUUUCUGUGUAAUAAGUUUUUUUUAUAAUAAUUGACUUUACAUAUAAGCCGCAAAUCUAUUGGCUUAGUCCAUCUCUGUUUAACAUACCAAAAAAAAAAUAUAUAUAUAUAUAUAAUAAUUGACUCUUGAAUUUUGAUCUGAAAUAAAUUACUAUAUCGUAGGGGUAUUAUCAAAGACUGUGAUUACCACAAAUAAGAUGUCAGUGCGUGAUCAAAUAAAAAUUGAUAUAGAAUGGGGUCACGAGCGCUUGGUUCGAGCCCAACAAGUGGUGGAAAUGCGCCCGUAUGAUAUCGAAUCAUGGUCCACUUUGUUGCGAGAAGCCCAAACUCGGCCAGUGAAUGAAGUUCGUAGUCUAUACGAAUCUUUGGUUAAUGUUUUUCCGACCACAGCUCGAUACUGGAAAAUUUAUAUUGAGGAGGAGAUGAAAGGUCGCAAUUUUGAAAGAGUUGAAAAGCUAUUUCAACGAUCGUUAGUAAAAAUAUUGAACAUUGACUUGUGGAAAUUGUAUCUCACAUAUGUCAAAGACACGAAGGCUGGAUUAAGUACGCACAAAGAAAAAUUAGCACAAGCUUAUGAUUUUGCUUUAGAAAAAAUUGGCAUGGAUUUGCAUUCGUUUUCCAUAUGGCAAGAUUACAUAAUGUUUUUACGUAGUGUUGAGGCUGUGGGAAGUUAUGCAGAAAAUCAAAAAAUUACUGCUGUACGUCGUGUUUAUCAAAAAGCAGUCAUCACUCCUAUAGUAGGUAUAGAACAAUUGUGGAAGGACUAUAUAGCUUUUGAGCAUAAUAUAAAUCCUAUAAUAUCCGAAAAAAUGAGUUUGGAAAGAUCCAAAGAUUAUAUGAAUGCUCGACGAGUGGCCAAAGAAUUGGAAAAUUUAACUCGGGGUUUAAAUCGGAAUCUACCAGCAGUGCCUCCCAAUCUAUCUAAAGAAGAAGUUAAGCAGGUGGAAUUGUGGAAGAAAUUUAUAGCCUUCGAAAAAUCAAAUCCUUUGCGCACUGAAGAUACCGCUUUAAUAACACGUCGUGUUAUGUUUGCAACGGAACAAUGUUUAUUGGUGUUGACGCAUCAUCCAGCUGUUUGGCAUCAAGCCGCGCAAUUCCUUGACCACAGCUCUAAGGCUCUGGCCGACAAAGGCGAUACUCAAGCCGCCAAAUUGUUUGGUGAUGAAUGCGCUAAUAUUUUGGAACGUUCUAUUAAUGGAGUACUCAAUAAAAAUGCUUUAUUGUACUUUGCUUAUGCUGAUUUUGAAGAAGGGCGAAUGAAAUAUGAUAAAGUUCACGCUAUGUAUAAUAAGUUUCUAUCGAUACCGGAUAUAGAUCCAACGUUGGCGUAUGUUCAGUAUAUGAAAUUUACUCGGCGUGCGGAGGGAAUUAAAUCGGCACGUGCCGUCUUCAAAAAAGCACGUGAGGAUGUGCGCUCACGUUAUCAUGUAUUUGUGGCUGCUGCUCUCAUGGAGUAUUAUUGUUCCAAAGAUAAAGAUAUUGCUUUUCGUAUCUUUGAAUUAGGUUUGAAACGUUUCGGCGGCAGUCCUGAGUAUGUUAUGUGCUACAUAGAUUACUUAUCGCAUUUGAAUGAAGACAACAAUACUCGCGUAUUGUUUGAACGUGUUUUAUCAUCGGGAGGUCUAACCGCUCACCUCAGUGUCAAUGUUUGGAAUCGAUUUUUGGAAUUCGAAUCAAACAUUGGUGAUUUGUCGAGCAUAGUCAAGGUGGAACGUAGAAGAAGUGCAAUAUUGGAAAACCUUAAAGAGUACGAGGGUAAAGAAACGGCCCAGUUGGUAGAUCGUUAUAAAUUUUUGGAUCUAUAUCCUUGCACAAGUUUGGAAUUAAAAUCAAUAGGCUACAUUGAGAAUGUUGGUAUCAUGACCAGUAAGUCGUCCGCAGGGACGCCAGCAGCCAAAGAGGAGCCAGAAGUGGAACCCACGGUGCAAUUACCAAGACCCGACUUUUCACAAAUGAUUCCUUAUAAACCCAAAACGAAUGCACCGCCGGGGGCUCAUCCCUUGGCGGGGGGUACAUUUCCUCAGCCACCUGCCUUGGCUGCAUUAUGUGCUACUCUGCCACCUCCAGCCUGUUUUCGUGGUCCUUUCGUAUCUAUAGAAAUGUUAUUUGACGUCUUCAAUCGGAUCCAGUUACCGGAAGCUUGUCCUGUGCCCAACGGUGAUCACGGUUAUGAUGUUAAAUUGUUCGACUUUGCUAAGUCGGUACAUUGGAUAGUUGAUGACAGUGUUUGUUCGAGUGAGACAGGGUCUGGUAGUAAACGACGCCGCAUGUUACCUGGAGGUGAUGAUAGUGAUGAGGAAACACCCACUCCAGCUCCGCCAGUCAACGAUAUUUAUCGACUUCGUCAGCAAAAACGUUUUUGUAAAUAAUUUUAAUUAAUUUAAAAAAAAUUAUUAUGAGAAAAAUAAUAC